GUGGGGCAGCAGCCGGGCCAUGAGCUUCUUGCCCUUCCGCACACACAGCAGUUGCAGGAAUUCAUCUUCUGCCUCCCUGGGAACAAAGGCUCCAUUGGCACAAAUCCCAAGGGGACCUGGAGCAUCUCUGUCCAUCCAAAAGGACCAGCAUCAGCUCCACUGGAGGACAAGGUUCACAGGUAGGAUCAGCACAGGCUGCAGUGACACACGGAAGGAAGGAAGGACCAAAUCCUCCUGUGACCCAGACCUGCUCAUCAAUGACCAUCUCAGAUCCACAAGGAGCAGGACAUGCUGCCUGCUCCCCUCUCCCCAUGGUAGACUCACUCUUCACUGCUGCAAGCCCUGAUUUUCAAGGCUUGGUAGAUACUCUCUACUUUUUGGCUCUUCUCCUCCUGUCUGUGGGGCUGUUGCUCCCUCAGGGCCAGGGACUUUUUCUGUUGAACCUCCUCCACUUCCAGCAGCUGCAGGAAGAGCUAGAGAAACAACACAGGUCAAGGAGGAAGCCUGGAGCACUACCAACUGGCUAUCCAGGACCUGCCUAGGUCGAGUUCAUCAUCCUCCUCAGCCAUCUCUUCCAGCAGAAGCGCAUCUUCCACCAGCAGAAAAUCCUCAAGAAUCUGGAUUUGGAAGCAGCAGAUUCCUUGCUAAGGGAGAGGUAACCCUAACAUGCUCCCAAAGUAGGGGGGCGCACCCAACCUCCCCCUCACUCUGCUGGCGGUGCCAGGCAACCCAUAGGGCUCACAGCUGGAAAAGGGAAAAGCAGGAGCCAGCGGUACUGCCAGCGAGGACAGGACCCGCAGGCUCAGCCCACGGAAGCCGCCGGCACCAGCGAAUGCCGGCACGGAACGGCACCUGUGCGGCUGGGCUGAGACACCACCGGGCUUCAGAGUGAACAGCCGCUGCGAGGGCGCGAGCGGCACGCGAGCACAGGGCGGGGAAGAGCAUCCCAGCAGCGCCGCUAGGGCAGAGUCUGCUCCGAGAGCGAGCACCGCACACAGAGCGGGACGCCGGCAGGGGGUAGCGGAGCAGGGCAGGCACUCACAAUGCGCUCGCCGCCCUCCGCCAUCCCACGGUGCCGCCACCGCCGCCGCCUCCUCCUCCCGCUCACCCACCCUCCGUCCGUCCCGGGUCCCUCUACAGGGCCCCGCUGCCCCCGCCGCCCCUUUUAUGGGCCGCCCCCGCCGCCCGGCAUGCGCCUGCCGUACAGCAUGGCGGCUCCCAGCGGCGCCCUGCGCCUGCGCACUCGCCUCGCUGCGCCCCGCUUGAGGAGCGCCUGGAGCCGGGAGCGGAGGGUGAAGAGGUCUAGUGACUCCACCUGCGGCUCUCGGAGCACAGAACACCCCAGCGCUGCUUUCCCCACUGCUCGCGUUGCUCCUUGACUGCCACGGUAUUCUCAGAGCUGAUAUCCUUCUGGGGAGUUACGGAAAACUGGUGGGAUGUGUCCCUGUCGGGAUUGAAUAACACCGGGCACAGGAGUCAACACUAACACUAGAAAUUUCUGCAUUCCACAAAGCAUAGCGGGUUGUUCUUAUCGCCCUGAAUACCAGGAGCACCUUGGUCAUGUCACUCACUCCCAAAUAAUUCUCCCAAUGUUCUGUUAAUAAAAGCCGAAAUGUCCCAAAAGUGGAAGAUUUGGCUACUCUUACCAAAUCAUUGUGGCUUUUUAUAGACAUCGUGUGGAAGAGUGCUCCUGUUUACUGAGAAAUUCUGACAGGUGGCGUGAGUUACAGUAGAGUUAUUGCCAGGGAUUCACAUCCCAAAGGGUCCGGAAAGGAUCCAUAUCCUGCCAUCCUUCCCCCGAGCCAGGGGGAGUGUCCACUUGGGCAGAGCCAGAUUCACCCGUGGGACAGCUGGACCGGGGUGGUGACUCCUGAUCUGGUGACAAAUAACAGCUCUGCCACCGAUGGAGCACGCUGGGAUUAUUUCUCAGAGCCGGAGCUCUGAGAGCCUUGAUAAGGCUCUGGCCACAGCUGCAUCUGUUUAUCCCACACUGAGAAAAACAUGGCGUGUUUUCAGCUGCGUGGCUGGCACCGCUGAGUAGCCGGCAAACCCAGCAGGAGCUGGGCCAGUGGGAACUGAUAACAAGUGUUUUCAAGAUUUUCCUUUGCUUAGCUUCUCCUGAUUUACCUGCUGCCUUUGGGAUGUUCUCCAUACAUGCUUGAUUAAUUUAAUUUGUGUUUUAAUGAGUUGCAUUAAGAGGUACAUUAAGAAAACAGGUCCUAAAGGGACUUAAUGUUUUAGUACUUACACCAUGCUGCUGUUUUCUCCCCAUUAGUAGUGACUUUACUUUCUUUUCUCUUUAUUUUCUUUCCAAGCAGCAUUACUGGGGCACUCAGUGGCAUUCCUAGCCUUACUAGGCUUUGAUGGAAGCACCAGAAAACCUGGUUUUUUUGGUGUUAGAAUUCUCAUGUUUUAUGCCAGAGAGUCUGUGCUGUGCUGUAAAAAACAGCCAGUUUCUCACCCUGCAGCUGUUGGAAUGAGACAUUCCAUGCAGGUUUUGGAAGAGGUUCAUAAAGGAAAGUGGAUGGCUUGCUCCACCAUAGGCUGUUGGUGUAAUACUGGGCCUUGAUGCAAAAUCUUCUGCAAGAGGUGACUUUUACCCCCAUUUAGGAUGGAAAAGCUUUGUGUGACCAUCAAGGCCAAGGCCACCUAUGUCCCCAAGUGCCACAUCCACAGGGCUUUUAAAUCCCUUUAGGGAUGGGGAUUCCACCCUUGCCCUGGCAGCCUGUGGCGAAGUUGGACAGCCCUUUCAGAGAGCUUUUCCCGAAGAUCCAAUCUAAACCUUUCCUGGUGGUACUUGAAGCUGUUUCCUCUUGUCCUCUCCUUUGCUCCCUGGGAGCAGAGCACAGCCCCACCGGGCUGCCCCCAGGGAGUUGUAGAGAAAGAAGAUCCCCCCGAGCCUCCUUUUCUCCAGGCUCAGCCCCCUCAGCUGCUCAUGGUGCUCCAGCCCUGCCAAUGUCCUUAAGGGCUAAGAACUGACCCCAGGAUUUGGGGUGCGGCCUCAGCAGUGGCCAGGGGACGGGCGCUGCCCUGGGUCUGUGGCCACACCGGGGCUGGUGCAGACCAGGUGGCACUGCCCAGCCGGACUCAGUCCAGCCGCUGUUGCCCGACGCCGCAGGGUCUGUGCCCGGGCCUCUCCCGCACCCAGCGGGAACUGAAAGCGAAAGCGCCGCUCUGGCUCGCACAACCCCGGAGCUCCCGUUCUGCUCAGAGACCGAUGACGUGCCGGCCGCUCCGCGCCGCGAUUGGCCGCGGGUUCCGGAGACUAUAAAAGGCGAAGUGCGAGCGGGGGUGGGACAUUCCGGGAAACGGCGGGACAGCGAGGAGCGGCGAUGGCGCGGGGGGCUCUGGCGCUCGGGCUGCUGGCGCUGCUGGCGCUGCUCGGCCAGGAGGCGGCCGCUGAGGCGCCGAAGGUCGAGGUCUACGCGCGCUCACGCGCCGAGGAGGGAAAGGCGAACACCCUCCACUGCUUCGUCACUGGCUUUCACCCACCCAAGAUUGACAUCGAACUCCUGAAGAACGGGGAACCCCUUCCGGACGUCCAGUACGGAGACUUAUCCUUCAACGACAAGUGGCAGUUCCAGCGCCUGGUCCAUGCGCCCUUCAUCCCCACAAGGGGUGACACCUUCGUUUGCAGGGUGGCGCAUUCUACCAUGCCGGAGCCACGCAGUUACCGAUGGGAACCAGACUUCUGAGCUGUGCCUGGGGCAGUUCAUGAUCUGAGGAAUCCUUGCAAGACAGUCUUCUCAAGCUUGUGUCCAUUCUUCAUCAUAUCCCCAGGAGUGAUCAUCUUCCUUUCAGAAAUUUGCUGAUAAGCCUUGUUAAAAAUAUCACGUAGCCACAGCAUCAAGGGAUCUCUGCAGACUUUCUGAGCAUCUAGCUAAAAAUGCCCACAAUACUGCUUAAAAAACAAUGGUAGCUCUUCACUGGUCCAAAUUUUUCAGGAUGCUUAUACCUUAAUAAAAUGCUAGCCCUUAAAAUGUGUCUUCAGAGUAAUUCAACAGCCCAAGCUGAUUUCACAGGCUGUGAUGGCCACUGGGUUGUGGGUGGAUAUGUAGCCCUGGUGGCAUGAUGAUCAGUUGUGCUUUUUUUUCCCCACUGAGAAUAUGCAAGAGCAUCUUUCCAUCAAUAAAAAGAGAAUUAAAGAUU